GUAAAAUGUCGAGGAUACAGAAAACGAUAUUUCCCAUCUUCAUCUUCUUCAUCUUUUUGUCCGUUUCGACUCGGACAACGGUUGGAGAAGAAAGUUCAGAUAUCGACGAUAAAGUCCACAGUUUCGUGGACGAAGGAAGAUCAUUUCGAGAUGAGCAAGAGGACACCAAAGGUUCUACCGAGAGGAUAGAUCUAUCGACGCCGCAGACAAAUAUACAAAACGUUAAAGAAAAGGAUGAAUUUUUUAAAGAAGAAGAAGAGAGAAAGAAUGGUUUUUCUGACAACGAGACUUUAAUUAACAAGAAUAACGAAGAAAUGAACGACGAGAUUGAACGUGCGGUUAUGAGACAAUAUUUAGAAGAUCUGAUAUCAAAUUUAUCAGAAUAUAUGAAGAAAGAGAAUAAGGAACAGAACCAUGAUGAAAGUGAACAAUUAUAUGAAAAAACAGAAAAUGAUUUAAGAAACAGAUUACCAAAACGUCAUGCAAUUUCUACUGAUGGAUGUUUACUAACGGAAGUAGUCCCUGCGGCAGUAACAUCGGUAUCAUCGUCGUCAUCAUCAUCAUCGUCAUCAUCAUCGGCAUCGGCAUCGGUAUCAACAUCGUCACCGCCAUUAUCUGGCUUUUUGAGGCUUUUACCACUAGAAGUUUUGGAGCAGACAGAGUGUGCUGCUAAAGCGAUUGAAUAUGGACAAUCUCGUUUGUUAAGUACAAUAGUCUACGAAAUUUUAUGCGAGGCAAAGAAACUGCUCCAUUAUUUGCUUCACACGUUUCUCAAUUUGUUGAGUGCAAUCUCUAUUGGACCAGAGAUUAAUUUAUUGGAAGCUGAUGCUGGUACAAUUGUUGUUGAAUUCUUAGAGCAUGCCCCAGUGAUAGUGGAAGAAUUAUUAAAGGAAUCACAAGAUCUCCUUGCUAUACCAGAGAUUCUAAUAACUGCUAUACCAUUAGAAGAUAUUGUUCGAACGAUUAACAAAUUGAAGGAUGAUUUUCUACUUCUCCUGGAACAUUUAUAUCCGAUUUUUUCUCAACUACUUGAAAAACUGCCCGUAUUAUUGGCAAAGGAAAUUGAAAUUUUUAUAUCUUUCAUCGAUGCACUCCAGAAGAUUUUCUUAAAUUUGACGGAAAAUUUUCUAUUUCUCCUGAAAAAUUUAUAUCCGAUUUUUUCUCAACUACUUGAAAAACUGCCCGUAUUACUGGGAAAGGAAGUUGAAAUUUUUGUAUCUUUAAUUGAUGCACUCCAGACGAUUUUCUUAAAUUUGAUCAAGAAUUCUAUUUCCAUUGUCGUUACAUUGCUAAGUAAUGUACAGAAUGAACCAAUCUUUAUUAAUGUGGUUAAAGCAUUUUAUGAUGGUUACCAAGCGUCUGAUAUCCAAGAAAUACUUUUAAAUAAUCAACCUUCGAUUUUAUUAUCGCAACAAGAGGAAAUCUUACCCGUGAUACCGCUAUCAUCGCAGUCAACUAGUUCAGAUGCUGUAACCACCACUUCAACGGGCGAAACAGAAAUUGUACCAAUUCAAGAACGGCUUGUUCCGACUGUUUUGGUGUCGCCUAAUACAGUAAGUACGUCUUCUUCAACCUCGACUACUACCAAUACUGUUGUUAGCGAGCCGAAAAUCUUGAUUGAGGAAGUUCCGUCGACGAUAACUACGACGACGACGACGACAGCUGCAACAGCAGCAACAGCGGCAACAGGAGCUGCAGCAACAACAGCAACAACAGCGGCAGCAAGUUCCUCUUCCACUCAGUUAAAUCCAAUCUCAAACAUCGAUGCUAUCAAUGUAGCAUCUUCUUCAUCGAGUUCUUCCUCAUCAACUUCUAGCCUUUCGGCUGUGCCAGAAUUAGAAGAAACAGUUGCUUCCACAUCGACAUCAUCCAGUUCAUCGUCUUCCACAUCACCAGAAAUAUCUAAAGCAUUAUUCGAGCCAUCCUUUUUGUCACGCGUGAUGCCAAUACUUUCGUCAAUUUCAAGUGGAACGAAAGGCCUAACUAGCGCCACUUCUUCGGCAAUUUCAUCGCUAAAAUCAAGUGGAAAUCUCUUGACCGAUACUACUACUUCUUCUGCUUCUGCUUCUUCCUCUUCCGCUAGUUCUUUGUUACCGAGCAUCGAGCCAGUAAUUUCCGCUGUUACACCUGCAUUAACGUCAAGCAGCGCUUCGAGCAGUGCCUCUUCUAGUGUUGUUGAUAAUUACGCGUCCCCAAUUACUCGUAUAAAGAACAUUUUUCCAGUAACUGGCACAAGUUCGACGAGCAGUUCUCCCACAGUCAGUACUUCUUCUAAUCCUACGAUAAUCGUUCCUUCAUCGCCAAUUUUAAAUUCUUAUAAAAGAAAGUUUCAAGUAAGUUCUGCUGCUCCUGUUGCUGCAAGUUCACCGGCAACAACUUUUGUGUCAGAGUCCUCAGAAAUCUCUUCCAGUAGCCCCUCAAGAUUUCCUUGGAAACUAAAGUGGCCAGUGGUCUUACCCAGAAACAAAGUCAUCGCCGCUAUUGGUAACCGUAAUCUCGUACCAGGCGACAUCGUUCUGAUGACCUUGAAAUCAAACAAAACGUACUUCAGUCGUGUCACCGAUGCAGUCAGUCCAUUGACAUUCAACUUUCUUAAACCUAAACUGGUUCCAGAAGUUUUCAAUACUUUCGGCAGAAUUUGGAGACUCGUUCCAGGAGAUUUCAGGGAUAUAAAUUGUGAAUCUCUCUUCAAUGGUAUAUAUUAACCGAAUUUAUACAACAAAUGUUAUAUUGAAUUGUAAAAAAUAAAUAAAUAAAGGUCUAUUUUUUCAUGAUA